ACACACCUGAGACAGUAAACACCUGCAGGGCUGCGAGUCUCAGCUACUGGAGGAUGAAGGUAGGAAGGGCAGGAGCCUGAAGAACCUGCGUUUGUGAUCAAGUAAGCAGCAGUUUGUGUGUAAAUCUGCAGCAGGACGGUGGAGCAGCGAUGAAAAGUCAACCAUAGGGCAGCAGAGAUGUUGCAGUGGCAGCUUCUUCGAGGGAGCAGAGCGAACCAGGCGGCUCUGGGUUACCGAGUCCAGCAUGGAGCUGCAGCCUCGGUGCAUUACAGCAGCGUUGCGGCUGCUGCAGCUGCAGCUGCAGCUGCAGCUCCGGUUUGCAGCCGCAGCUUCUGUUUGUCCAGAGAGAAACAAACGAUGCAGCAGCUGAACGGGAGGCUGGCAUCAUACCUGCAGCAGGUGCAGCUUCUGGAAGCAGCCAAUCAGAGGCUGGAACUUCAGAUCCAGGAAGAGCUGAACAGGAAGUGUCCCGGAGAGCUGAGGCAGCUGGACAGACACCUGAGGAGGGUGUCUCUGCUGCAGAACGAGAUUGGUGAUUGUUUCUCGGCCCAGACUCAGGUGAAGCUGCAGCUGCUCGGAGCUCAGCUCGACGCCUUCGACCUCAACGUCAGGUGUGAGAAGGAGCGCGAGCGGUGUGACAAGGCGGAGGCGGAGCUUAGCGGCCUGAGGGAACUGCAGGCAGAGCUAAAGGUCCACAAGUUGCCAGAGUUGCAGAGUCUGUUGGACAACCGAAUGCAGCAUCUGGUAGAGCUGCAGACACAACACCAACAGAAUGUGCAAGUACUUGUAGCUCAAGUGUCUGGGGGCAUUGCCGUGGAGAUGCAGACUGCUGAGUCAUCAGAUCUGCUCCGACAGCUGGAACACCUGAGAACGAGUGUGACGCCGCUCGACAGAAACCCCAACGAGUCCUGGUUAAACACUCAGGUGUCCACACUGAGUUCUCCAGAGGUGACCUUUGACCCGGCCAUGGGGUCAGAUUUGGACCAGGCUGAGGUGAAGGAGCUGAGGAGGACAGCAGCCACUCUGACAGAAGAACUGAUCAGACUGCAGACUCUGAUCUCAGUCUUGGAGGUCUCUGGUCAGGAGCAGUAUGAGUCAUUUGUCCUGCAGCUGGAAGCCCUACAGCAGAGGGUGGACGGCCUUUGCAGAGACCUGGACUCGGUGCGUCAGGCUGCAGCUCAGCAGGCAGCAGACUAUGAUGCCCUGCUGGACAUUAAGAGUCGACUGGAAGCAGAGAUCCAGGACUACAAGAGGCUCCUGGAUGAAAUGAACCACCAAAGGGUUUCAAACCUCAACUUAAACUCCCAGCCUGUGACCACAUCUCCCUGUGUUACAACCAGUCCUUCUACAUUCAGGAGAAAUGUCACAGUGGACGAAACAAUUAGGGUUCUUCAGGGAAAUUUGAGGACCCCAGAGGUUCAGACAGUCUCUAAAGGUUGCAUCCGCACUGUUGAAUUAGCACCACAAUCAGAGAAAGUAACCACAGUCCAGGUAAUGAGGGACGAGAGCGAACAUCUAAAGAACUCAGCAGUAAGAUCAGUUAACACUGCUAAUGUGACACACUCCUCCCAGAGUGUAGGAACUCUUCCAGAAAGUACCGGGACAGAAUCCCUGACAGUUAAAGCCACAGUUGACAAAGAGAGCAACCUAGUGGGAUAUAAAGUCCAUGCCAAAGAUUGUGAUCUGCAGAACACUUUGAUUGUCAAGGCUCAAAUUAGCCAAGGCAUAGACAAGGACGUUUCUGUCAAGGCUUCUCAAACAGAGAUAAUCGCCACUAUGGUUCAUGACAGUAAUGCUGCCGUCCAAACCAAAGUAGAGACUAGUUCAGGAAUUACUAAAACAGAGACAAAGAAUGAAAUAGAGAUGAUCCAAACCAGUCGUCGUGUUGAGCCUGAAGUAAAACCAGAACCACAUUUCAAAACAUCAGAUCCUGGCAAAUCUACAGCUACAGAGGAGACAGAAACUGUGACUUUAGCUCAGAUGGCUCAUAAUGGAGAAAGUGUCCAUGCUAAGAACAAAACACCUGAACAGAUUAUGACUUAUGAGUUGGAAACUACAUCAGAAGUUACUCAGACAUCCAGCGAGGAGUCUGGAUCUCACACUCAUAGGCCAGCAUCAGUUCAGGAUAAGGUCUUUGAUGAGGUAACUCUAAUGGAGGACAAGAGUAUAGUAAUAGAAGGAGAGAAGGAAGAGGAAGUAGUAGAAGCAGAGGGUGUCCCAGGAUUGGGUCAGAGUUUAAUACUGUCCAAGAAAUUUGAGAUAGAAACAGAGGAAGUGGAGGUAAUCAAUGAUACCACUGAGGUAAAGGUGGAACCUAUUGAGUUGGGUAAUGAGUUGGUUGGCUUAGCAGGUAAAGAGGCCUCAAUGUCCACAAAUCUAACCGAGGUUGCUUUGAGUUCCUCCAGCCCUGAGGAGGCUUUGAGUCCAAAAGAAGCUGAUGUAUUAACCAACCCAAGUCCAGAAAUAUGUCUGAGUCCAGUUGAGAACAGUCAAAUAGAGAUGAUCAAAACCAGUCCUCAUGCUGAGCCUGAGAUAAAGCCAGAACCACAUUUUGAAAUAUCUGAUCCUGGCAAACCUACAGCUACAGAGGAGACAGAAACUGUGAUUUUAGCUCAGAUGGAUCCUAAUGGAGACUCUGUCCAUGCUAAGAUGUCCCAGACAUCCAUUGAGGAGUCUGGAUCUCAUACUCAUAGGCCAGCGAAAGUUGAGGUUGAAGUGUUUCAUGAGGUAACCCUGAUAGAUGACAAGGAUGUAGAAAUACAAGGACAAAACCAAGCGGAAGUAGUAGAGGCAGAAGGUGUCCCAAGACAGGGUCAGAAUUCAGCAUUAUCCAAGAAAAUUGAGAUAGAAAUGGAGGUAAUCAGCAAUGCUGUUGAGGUCAAGGUGGACUCUACACAGUUGAGCAAUGAGUUCGUUGGUCUGGCAGGUAAAGAGGCCUCAAUGUCCACAAGUCUAACAGAUUCUGGAGUGGCUUUUAGUUCCUCCAGGCCUGAGGAGGUUCUGAAUCCAAAAGAAGUUGAUGUAUUGACCAGCCCACGUCCAGAAAUGUGUCUGAGUCCAGUUGAGACAGAUGCAAUAAUGAGCAUAACUGAUGAUCAACUGUUUUUCCCAGUUGACCUGGAUGACCAUGUUGGGAUUCCUGAUUUGCUUCUGAAUCCAAAUGACCCAGAAAUGUUUCCUGGCCCAGAUGACUGUGACACAUGUUUGUGUCCAGUCGAGAUUAAUACUUGUCUGAGUCCAAAUGAUGAAGAAGACGGUGAGGACGCAUGUCUUGGUCUAACUGAGGCAAAUGUACAUGUAAGACCAGUUGAGAAGUACACUCUGUCAACAAAAGAGGAAGACCAGUCAUUAACAUUUGAUGGAGCUCAAGAAGGGGACAGAAAUACCAAAGUCAUUAUGUCAGACAGAGAGGGUUUGGUUAUUAGACCAUUUGAAGGUAACAAAGAAAAAGAAGUCAUUUCGAGUGGAACAAGCAUUGGUUCUAGCACUCAGAUGAGCAGGAGUCCAAGUGGUGCGGAGUUUGUAGAUCUAGGUGUUCAGAGUAUCAUCGCAGACAAAGAAGAACAGCUUGGUUUCGGAGGUCUGUAUCCAAAAAGUGUAAGAGAUAUAGAAAAUGGUGUCGCAAGUGAAGAUAAGAAAGAGAGUAUGGAAAGUGAUGAGAUGGUACAGAGAAAAUACGAUAGACAAGUUGCGAAUAAGCCAGGUAAUAGUGAAAGCGUUGGAAGUCCAAAUGAAGACGCCACCUUAAGAAGUGUGGCUAGUAAGUCAAAGGCAACGAUUGUUAGCAGCAAUGAAAACGCACAAGCUGUUACAGCAGGGGGAAGACUUGUACACGGUAGUGGGGAAUGGAUAGUUUAUGGUGGAAGUUUGGGACGUACCAGUACCAGCAACACAGGUGGUGAAGAAAACCAGUCGGUGACCAUGGUCCCUGAAACAAGCCAACCAGAUACAGGGAGGUUUGGCAGUAGAGGAAGUGGGGAGUGGAUGGUUUAUGGUGGUAGUCUCAGACGUAAGAGUAGCCUGGACAGUAGAUCCAGCGAGCAGAAUGAAGGAAUAAUAUCAGGUGACUCAAAGCUUGCAACAAGUGCACCAGAAACAGGGAGACUUGGCAAGAGGGGAAAUGGGGAAUGGAUAGUUUAUGCAGGUAGUCUUGAACGUAAGACCAGCCUGGAUGGUGUCAGUACCUUAUCCAGCAAAGGGAAUGAAGGAAAUCCAUCAGUAGACUCAAAGCUUGCAAUGAGCCCACCAGAGACAGGAAGGUUUGGCAGCAGAGGAAGUGGAGAGUGGAUGGCUUAUGGAGGACAUAAAAGCCGCCUGGCAGGCAGUCAUAGCUUACCCAACAUAGAGACCAAAGAAUACCAAUCAACAGCUAUGAACCUGUCAAAAAGCACAUCAGAAACAGGGAGGCUUAGCAGCACAGGGAGUGGAGAAUGGAGAGUUUAUGGUGGACGUAUAAGCAGCCGGGCUGGCAGCGAUGGUCUACUUAGUGCAGAGAGGGAAGGAAGCCCAUCAGUGGCCACGCAACGAGCAUUCAGCUCACCAGGAGGAGGGAGGUUCGGCAGUGAAGGGAGUGGGGAAUGGAGGGUUUAUGGUGGGAGUACUGGACGUGUGAGCACUGCUACAGGCAACAACGAUGUGAUCAGUCCACCAAGCAGCUGCACAAGAAGUGGAUCAAGACGUAGCAGUGCUGGUAGCGGCAGCAAGCUGAGCUCCAGCUGUGUUGUUAGGCGCAGCAGCAGCGUGGGAAGUGGUGGUAGGUUAAGCAGCUCAGGUAGCGGCGGCAUGCUCAGCAGUUCAACCACGAGUCACAGGAUUAGUGGCUCUGGGAGAUACACUAGCACUGGCAGUGGUGAAUGGAAGCCGGUCUACAGCUCAGUUAGUGGACGGAAGAGCAGUGCAGGGAGCACAGGGUGGCCGACCACCAGCCAAAGAGCCCCGAGUCCUGGCAGGAGGAUGGGGUCCGGUGGGGGCAGCGGUGGGUGGCUGAACAGUUCAGCAGCUGGUGGGAAUCGAAUUAGCGGCACUGGGAGUGGGUCUAAACUCAGCAGUCAGAGUCCAGGGAGCAAUGAGAGAAUCAGCAGCAUAGGUGGAGGAAGAAUCAGCAGCUCCUCAGGGUCAGGGAGGACAAAUAGCACGGGGGGCCGGGUCAUCAGCAGCAGCGACCGGCCAAUCAGGAGCACUGGCAGUGGAACCGGAAGCCACAAGGAGAGAAUCAGCGUUUGUAAGAUGGCUGCGCUGACGAUAUCAGCAGCUGGAAGGAAGAAGAGUAAGGAAAAACAAAAAGAAGAACAGAGAUCGCAAGAGCAACCCCAACAGGCAGCAGCUUCAUCUCCUCUCCUUCAGCGAUGGCUGACCUCAGCUGACCUCAGCUGACCUCUAGGGCCACCAUGACAUCGUGCGUCUCCGACUGGCUAACGGGGCGACGUUAAAACGACCACAUUCACAAUACAAUCUGUCUGAACACAAAUUUGUUAUAGUGAACACAGAACAUUCAUCAGUUUUAAUAAUACAAACAGAAAUCUGAAAAACAACUACAGUUAUCAGGUAAAUGUAGUGCAGUAAAAUGUCCUCAUGAAAGUUAACAGAAAUUAGCUAGAUUAUAGAAAAAUGUACUUUCCACCACUGACAAACACAGUAAAAAAAAUAACAUACUGAGUGCUUCUGAUAUUCACUUUUUUAUCACAAAUAAUCUAGAAUCAUUUUAACAUCAUAAUCAGCAGAUGGACUGUAUUUUAUCCACAGUUUUACCUGGUGUAUUUUUCUGAGCUGUUUUGCAUCUUAACUGGUGUGUUUCUGGUUUAAAGAGAUGUUUUGAUGUCACCACCUUCAGCAUUCAACUCUGUUUCACUUUGAUUUAAAAACCUGAAGCUGAAUUUUGUUGGAUUACUUUCCAUUUUACAUAAUAUGCUGGUGUUGUUUAUCAUAAUAUCUCACUGUGCUGGUGGAUUCUGUACAUUUAUAUCUGAAAUUAAAGCUGGUAUAUAACCUG